GGCUUCUUCGAUAAAGCUUUAGCCUCAAGCUCAGCUCAGCUCUUAAUUUCUCUUCUUUUUCUCUCCAUAAAAUAAUAUAUGUGCAGCUCAGCUUGUUGAAUAACUUGCUGAUUUUAGGGAUCCUCUUGUGCAACGAAUAAGUCAGGUCUGGAGGAAGAUGUUGGUGUAAAUAACAUAGCGUCUUUGCUCUAAAGUGCAGGGGCACUCUGUCUAUAAUUUUGACGUUGUAUGCGCUCUUCUGUUUAUCUGUCAUGUCCAGUGAUCUUGUUUCUCAGCAGUUCUCAGGACCACCUGAUGGGCAGCUGGUUCAGAUGGACCAUGUUUCUGGUAAUCCUGACUCUACCAUAGCACAUAUGCAAACGAGGAUUGUCGGACACAUGCCAAAUAAUUCUGCAUCACAUCAGUUUGUUUGGGCAAAUGAGCCUAUGGCCAACAGAUUUGAUACAUCGGUUUCUGUGGAUCAAUUGGGACAGAUGGGACCCAAAAUGAAUCCGCAGCAGUUCAUGUUGUCACAUCAGCAGAUGGGAGCAGAUAAUAGAUAUGUGCCAAAUAGUCCAGGUGCACAGAAAUCUUCGUUACUCGCCAAACGGAAGGCUGAGAUGGAACCAUCAGUACAUGGUUCUUCACCUCAGACGCCAUCAAUGCCAAAUAAGCGCACUGCACCGGGAGCUUCUUUAUCGGCAUCUCCUAGUUUUGCGCAGCAAUCUUCUGCUAUCAAGAAAUCUGGACAGCAACAGUCAAAGUCAACUUCCGGAGGUUCACAAAGUCUUCCCGCGUCAAGCAAGAAAAUGGUACGAAAUGAAUCCAUAACCAAUAAAACUGCCUCCCAGCGGUCGCAGACUCCAAAAGGACGAACAAUUCAAGCUGAGCCAACCUCCAAGGCUCGAUCCGAGUCCUCUGAUGCUGUGAGGUCCAAAAUGAGAGAAUCUCUUGCUUCAGCUCUGGCUAUGGCAUGUCAGAAUCCAGAUGCUGUUGUAAAUGCUGCCAAGGAUCCAAAUGAAGCAGUUGGUUCUCAGCCUUCGCAGGUGAAUGUAGCUCCAACAACUGCCAGUGAAGGUCUACCUCAAACGUCUGUCUCACAUGAUCAUGUCCAUCAAAACUCCAGUGAUGUACUUCCUUCAGCUGGCGCUUUCUCUGUUGAUAAAACCAAUGACAGUCAGAGUUCAUCUCAUGGGCUUCAAGAUGACGUGAGCAUGAGAAACUCUAUACCUGGCUCUGAUGAGCUUGAAUUGCAUGUGGAUGAUGUUCCGUUCAGCGAAAACUUUUUUGUCAAAGAUGAACUUCUGCAAGGGAAUGGUCUCACUUGGGCGAUGGAUCUAGAUAUGCAGUUAAGAGAAGCCGACUUCCUCCAGGAUGCUGAAAAAGCCAAUUUGUUUGAUGAGGGUGUGGUUGGAGAUGAAGGCGAGCAUGCAAAAUCAUCUCCACAAGAUAUAGCUUUAAAAAUUGAGGCGGAACUUUUUAAAUUAUUUGGAGGCGUGAACAAAAAAUAUAAAGAGAAGGGCAGGUCUCUUCUCUUCAACCUAAAAGAUCGCAGUAAUCCUGAAUUGCGAGAGAGAGUGAUGUCCAGUGAGAUAUCCCCGGAGAAGUUAUGUUCAAUGACUGCUGAAGAACUUGCUUCAAAGGAGUUAUCUCAGUGGCGGGUGGCAAAAGCCGAGGAACUUGCUCAAAUGGUAGUUUUGCCUGAUAGUGAAGUUGACAUGAGACGCCUGGUUAAGAAAACUCAUAAGGGUGAAUAUCAGGUGGAUUUUGAACGGGACGAUAAUAACAUUGCAGCUGAGAUAUCUGCAAGUUCAAAUGUGUCGCAGUUUAUCCCGAAGAUAGAGAGGGGAAAAGAUUCUAGCCCUUCUGGUACGGAUGAGAUUGGAAGUAAAGAAAAUGUUACCAGCCAACAGAAUAGGCCAGAAAAGCAAGAUGUGUCUGAUAGCUUGGUAAUUCCAGCCGAUGGGGCUGAUUUGAUGCAGGGAAUGGUUGUAGAAGAAUUCAAGGAUGCAGAAUUUCUUCCUCCUAUUGUUUCCUUAGACGAAUUCAUGGAAUCACUCAAUUCUGAACCUCCUUUUGAGAACCUACCAGCCGAAAACAGUAAUUCCACACCUCCUCCGGACAAAGAAAGCUCUGACGACCCUAACAAAGUUGUGGGUUCUGGUGUAGCCUCUAAAGAUCCUGCUGUUGCUUCUGCAGAUAAAGGGGUCAAGAAUCACGCCGAACCGAAGGAGUCCCUGGUAUCUACUGGGGGCUCUGUUGUUAAAAAGGUAACUACUACUGGGAAUGCGCUUGUAAAAUCUGCUGAGAGCCCUAUCAAGAUGGCAGGACCUCGUGGUAGCGGUUCUGUAGUUUCAAGUAUCUGGGAGGGGGCACUCCAGCUUACUAUUUCAUCCUUGGUGACAGUCUUUGGUUUGUUUAGAAGUGGUGAAAAGACACCAACUAAUGAGUGGCCAAGUUCUCUUGAGAUCAAGGGUAGAGUUCGACUUGAUGCAUUCGAGAAAUUUCUUCAAGAGCUUCCUAUGUCACGGAGUCGUGCAGUCAUGGUUGUUCAAUUUGUUCUGAGGGACAACUCAUCUGAGAUUGAACGAGCAAACAUUUCUGAGGCAGUGGAUUCAUACGUUUCAGAUGAGAGGCCGGGGUUUGCCGAGCCAGCUCCAGGAGUCGAAGUAUAUUUGUGUCCACCGCGCUUACUUGAUAUGAUAAGCAAACACUUUACCAAAGACCCUAGAGAGCUAUAUGAUUCUACAGAAAAUGGUCUAAUUGGUGUAGUUGUAUGGAGAAAACUUCAUAUAAGUUCAACGAUAUCACCUAACUCUUCUUCGCACAAUAAACACAGCUUGAAAAAACAACAGAUGUUUUCUAGAGGACAGCAUGAAAAAGAUGGAAACGUUAAUGUAAAUUUGAUGCCUAAAGGACCUGUAUCUUCGAAACAAGAUCCUACCCCGGACGAUGAUGAUGAUAUUCCACCUGGGUUUGGUCCCAAAGCAGUUCGUGAUGAUGAUGAUUUGCCUGAGUUUAAUUUUUGUGGUAAUAUAAAUGCUUCUAGGCCUAGGCAUCCGUCUCAAAACUUGUCUCAUGGGUCAAGAAUCGCCUCGUAUAACCAACAAGUACCCUCUCGCCCUGUAGACCAGAUGAGAGAACUUGUACUUAAGUAUGGGAAAACUGGUACAGCUAGUAGUGAUGAUAGAGUUACAAAUGUUGGUAUUGAAAUUGAACCGUGGAAUGAUGACGAUGACAUUCCGGAGUGGCGGCCACAAGCCCCACUCCAUCAGCAGCAGCAGCGUCCUCCUUACCCUUUAGGCCAUAAUUUUCAGCGGCCGCUCUUGGCUCAUCAUAGACCAUUGGCAACACCUAUGGCUAUGCCUUUGCAGUCACCAAUAAACGUUCCAAACAGGCCACAAAUAUUGUCACCGAGGGGACAGUAUCAAGCUGAUUGGAGAAGGGAUGCGAGGAAUAGGGGAUUCUGAAGUCUUUUCUUUUUGUUAGUUGAUGAUGAUGUAAAUUCUGGAUAUGUUUUUUCUUUUUUGUGUUUGGCUUUUAGACCUUAGAUUAGGCAUGUAGCUUUCUAGUUGUUUUAGAACAAUUAUGUACCUUUAGCAUAAAAGCAGGAGAUAUGGUUCAUUUUCACUGUUUUUGUGUUUCAGGAAAAGAGAAACACAACAAUUUUCGUCUUUUAAGCAUAAUUCCUGUCCAUGGCUGGAUAUGGUUUAUUAUA